AUGUCUAUGUGGUACGUCAUUGCUACUAGUGGCACCGCCUUCAUAAUAACUGCUUCGCUCAUAGCUAUGGCCGUAAUCGUUAAUGAACUCCAUGAACUUCAUAAUGAUAUUCAUGGCGAAAUGGAGGAAUUCAGGGGCAAAACGGACGGCGCAUGGAGCCUGAUAAUGGCUGAAUAUAAUGAUAACGAGAUCAAAGCUUUUUCACAUUCAUCUCGACAUCCAUUCAUCAGGGGAAAGCGUCUCAGUGAAACCAAUACAACCAGCAGCAACAAUAGCAAUGAGUGCAACUGUGGAGUAGCAGCAACUUCAUGUCCUCCAGGGCCAGAUGGCCCACCCGGAAUACCCGGCCUACCAGGAAUCCCUGGUGAGGAUGGUCCACCUGGCGAACCCGGUCUAUCUGGAAUAUCGCAGCUAUUACCAAGAGGUGAUACUAAUGGUAACGGUUGUAUUAGAUGUCCAGCAGGACGAAAUGGUGAUGCAGGACCACCGGGAGAUACGGGACCUGCUGGCCCACCAGGACCACCUGGAAUGCCCGGUGUAAUGGGUGUCCCAGGUCCGAUUGGUGUAGCAGGACCUCCUGGAGACCAGGGCAUAGAAGGAAUACAGGGAAUUCCGGGCACUCCUGGUAGGCCCGGUGAACAUGGGACUCAAUACACUCAAGGUCCACAGGGCGUGCCAGGAUUCCCAGGACCACUCGGUCCUGAAGGGCCACCUGGAAAAGAUGGCGAAGACGGCAAAGAUGGUGAACAGGGUCCGCCGGGGAUACCUGGUAUUCCAGGCUUGAACGGUGUGCCAGGCAUGGAUGGUCAACACGGUGUCGUUGGAAUGGACGGCCGACAUGGACCGGAUGCGAUGUAUUGCCCGUGUCCGUCAAGGAGUUUACCUUUCACUUGGUAA